AUGUUUGGCACACAACAAAAACCAAUAGUCGAUUAAUUUUAAUUUCAUAAUCGAUAAUUCGAUAAAUCUCAACUUUUCGACAACUUCGCGGUUUAUUUUGUUUUUCUUUUAGUGAACGCCAAACAAUAUGACUGCUCCAACACAUUUGCUAAGUUUUACUGAUCAAAUUCAUACUUUCGACAUAUGUGCCACAGAUUUUGCAUCCAAUCUUAUAUGCAUAGCAUCGGACAAAAAGUUGAUAUUGGGUUUAGUUAGGUUUCCGGAAGAAUCCGAAAAUGAAGCCUUUGAGUGGGAACGUCUAAAAGACAUCUAUAACGAAAGCCGUUGUCAUGCUUUAGCCUUUCAUCCGGAAACAUCUUUGGUUACGGUACCCAAAACUGUAACAUUUUGCUCUGCUGGUGCAGAUUUCAAUUUACGUAUAUUUCGCACAGAUUUGCAGAAUGCCGACACCGUGCAAACCCUUAAAGCUCAUACCAAUUAUGUAAAUGAUGUGGCCUGGGACACUGAAGGAGAGUAUCUAGCAUCGGUGAGUGAUGAUCAUUCAUGCAAAAUAUGGUCCUCCGAUUCACAAUACGAAAAUGUCACAACCUUUUGCUUGUCAUCGGCGGGUAUGUCUGCUAAAUGGCAUCCCGAAGAGCCACACAAGGUGCUGGUAGCCGAGAAAAAAGGCGUGGUACAUCUCUACAAUGUAAGAUCGCAACAAGCUAUUAUGUCACUAGAAGCUCCCAGGGGACCUUUAAUGUCGGCCGACUGGUCAUUCAAUAAUUGUCACUAUAUAACCGCACUGGCCUAUGGGGAUCUUGUUACAUGGGAUUUAUCCCAUAAGCCAUGCUCUCCAUCGGAUGUCAAACAAAUCCAUGAAGAUGGAGGUCGUUGUGUGCGUUUUGCUCCAAAUACUGAAUUAGUUUCGGCCAGCAUAGGUAGGCCAGAUAUUACACUGAAAGUAUGUACAGCCAAAUCAACUGUGCCGCUCGUAGAGGCAUCACUAAAAUUGUAUGCUGGCUUAAGUUGGCACCAUCGAUUGCCAUAUGUUGCGGCAGCCUAUGAUCGGAAAUUAGGCUUUUGGAAAGUUCAAUUUAAAUAGAAACACAAUGUAUUUUUUAUUUUUAAUUUUAUUGAAUACAUAUUAUUGCAAAAGUAUAAAACAUUU